AUGGACCAAAAACGCAAUAGCCCUCAGGAUACUACGACUGGCCUUAUAUGCAGACUGCAGUGUAUCGGAAAAUGUCAGGAGAACCGCUUGAUGAUGCCUAGGAAAGUAGCUCUGAAAUGGUUUCUGCUGGCAUUUGGCAGAAAGCCCCUUUUAACCCAACCUACGGUCCCCGAUAGUUAUCGUGUAAACAAGUCAAGUGUACCUUGGCGUCCUGUCUGUCUCUCCUCUCAACUAGAAUCCUUGGACGGCGACUGCAGCCCCUGUGAUUCCAGUUCCGCAUCGCCCCAGGACAGGAUUUCCGAGGGUUCUGACGCCUUCGAUUUUCCCAGUCUCACCACGUCCGGAGUCGCCCACUACGCAAAGAGACGCCUCUCUGUGGAUGGUCUGCCCACACCCGGCAGCACAGACGCCACCUACGCAUGCGCUCUCCGCCUUAAGCGCAUCGUUCGUCUGGUGGAACGCAACCGAAUAACAAAGAACGUUCUCUUGGACAAUCUGGAAUAUGCCAUCCAAGUGGUCGAAAAAACCUACAUGGAGGAGACAAGCAGACGUCUCCGGGAUGAAGACGACGACCUCUCGGAUGCCGCCUGCUCCGAAGUGCCAGACGAGGUCCGUGAUUGGCUGUCGUCCACGUUUAAACGGAAUGCUGGCACCGGAAACCUCAACGCCACCAAACCCCACUUUCGA